UCCGCUCGGUCGGUCGGUCGGUCCCUGGUUCAGUGCGCGGAGCUGGCUGCCGAGCCGAGGCUGGGACCCUGCAGCCGGGGGGCGCCGAGCUGAUCUCCCUGGUGGGGGCGCGUCUCCCUCGCUCUUCGGAUUUGUCGCUUUGCUUUUUGUGCAGCCAGGACUUGGCGCAGAAGUUUGGGGCAGCGGGGAGCGGCUUUAACCCCCCCACAUCUCAGGAUUUUAGGAGCUCAACCACCCUUUUUGUUCCGUGCGGCUACAUCCCCUGCCAGCCACCAUGGGCAGCCAGGGCUCCAAGGCGGCCAAAGGAGACGUGGUGGCUCAGAAAUCGGCCGAUGCUGCUGCGGUGUCUCCCUCCAAAUCAAACGGCCAGGAGAAUGGCCACGUAAAGAUAAAUGGGGAUGUCUCACCAAAGGCUGAUGGAGAAGCCCCACCACUGAAUGGCAAUGGAUCUGCUGAGCCAGUCAAAGAUGAGGCCAAGGCAGAAUCUCUCAGUGGAGAUGCCAUUGAGCCAGCCCCAGCUGCUGAAGGUGGGGAGGCCAAGCCUGAUGGUGCUGCAGCCUGCAAGGAGACCCCAAAGAAGAAGAAAAAGUUCUCUUUCAAGAAGCCCUUCAAACUGAGUGGGAUCUCCUUCAGGAAGAACAAGAAAGAGGCUGGGGAUUCUGCUGUGUCCUCUCCCACAGAUGACCAGGCCAAAGCAGAAGCCAAAGGAGAGGAGAACCCUACUUGCUCUGCCAAUGAAACUGAGCAGACCAGUAUAACACAGGAAGGGAAAGUGGAGGAGAAAGCUGCUGCAGUGGACAGCAGUCCUCCUGCUGCUGAGGGGCAGCAGGAAGCCCAGCCUAAAAGGGAAGAUGCAGAAGCAGGGGAAGCCAAGGAGAAAGAGGAACAGGAGCAGCAGCUGGGGGAAAGCCAGGAGGCUACAGCUAAGCCAGAGGAGUCCUCAACACCUGUGGAGCCUGAGGCCAGUACAACACCUGCAGCAACUGAGCAGAAGGAAGAGUAGAGCCCACCUGACAUUGUCAUAACUUAAAGACUUUUUGUGCCAUCCUCAUCCCAAUAACAUCAUGGACUUGCUGCCUUGCCCACACACUUCUAUGUUCAAAGUAGAACUGACAACACCUACAAUUAAGAUGCCUGAAUUAUUUCCCUCCAUGCAGCUCACUGUUACCCACCACCACAACUUGGCACUAGUUUGCCUGAAUCCUUUAAAACUGGAGGAAGAUGAUCCUGGACAUAACUGGAAUCUAGUCAGACUCCAUCUACUACACCAAACUCUAGGCUCUCUGCUGACCUACUGCCUCUUUCACUAAUCCUCCAAGCAGCUUUCAAAGUCCAAUAAGCCACUGACUGUUCAAUGGAUUUUUUUUUCUUGGUUUAAAUUCCUGGUUCUGACUUCAUUUAAAGUAUUUUGGGCUUUUUAUAGAAACAAACAGUUUAAAAGCUAAUCUGGUUAGUUUUUUAUAAUGUCUUACUAUUGGCUUAAAACCAUAAGCUUGUAAGUCCGCUGUGUUUAAUUUUACUUCUAAGGGGUAACUUUUCUGGGGUGGGGGGAGGGAGAGUGCAAACUGUAUAAUGUGAAGUUUUGUUUUCUCUGUAAAUAAUUUUUAAUGGCCAAAACCUGAUUUGCAAUUUUCUAACUCUAAAAAAAAAAAAAACAACCAACUCUAGGUUUCCUUGUAAUGUUUGAAAGGAAUAAAGGGUGACCCCUUUCUGGGUAUACUCAUUGACUCUGUCUGGGAUAUUGUUGAGCACAUCUAAAGCUGGACAAGGUACACACCCUGUUCUGUAGGGUCUGGUGUCCCAGACUGCCCCAUGCUGUGUUAACUUUUUUGGGUGACCCUGACUCUGCUUCCCUAAAUGGAAUCCUUUACUUGAUGGCCUCUACAACUUAUUGAUCUUUUAAACCCUAGUCUUCUAGGUGUGCACAGUAUUGGAUUUAGCUUCAGGUAAUGAGCUAAUUCUAAAAUCUCCUGGAUUGAUAGACAAAAGCCUGUAAUGACUUGACUGGGGUUGUGUGUGACAUGCAUGGCUGAUGAGAGGGGGAGCAAUUGGUAAUGAAUUUAAUCUAGAGCCCUUGGAGUAGGGAAGUAAACAUUUUAGUCAGAAUUCAGGCACAGAUUAGGUGGCUUGUCCAAACUCACCUAGGAGCCUGUAGUACAGCUGGAAACUAGACAAGUGAAGUCUUCAUUCACCUAAAGAGGCUAGGCUUCUUCUGUAAAACCAGAGGGCAGGA